UAAUUCUUUUAAAUCCACUUAAACUUUAUACCGAAAUCUCUCAGUAAGUAACCUUCAUCUUUCCAAUCUGGCAUGUCGUGUGUGUGUGUGUGUGUGUGUGUGUGUGUGUGUGUGUGUGAUCUCAAAUUCUGUCAAGCCACUGGUUGACCCAACUUCCCUCAGGAAAAGAAAUAUGAGAAAUGUUCGACACUAGCACCUCUGGGGGUGGGGCUCAGCUCACUUAUCUCUCCUUCCACCCUCUGGACUCGGGCACACCUGGAGCUCUUGCUUCCUGCAAGCCAGCUGGGAGAGGAAGCUGGAGGGGAGAGGAAUGGGACCAACAGGAGUAGCUGUCCUGACUGCCGCUGUCCUCCUGGUCAUUCAGGUCUCAGAGGCCAUUCUCCCCGCAGCCUCCAAUUGUUGCACUGAAAUGUCCCAUCAGAUUUCUAGAAGACUUUUAGCAAAAGUGAAAAGAUGUCACAUUCAAAAAGCUGAUGGAGAUUGUGACCUGCCAGCUGUUAUCCUCUAUGUCCAUCAUCGAAAAUACUGUGUCAGCCCACAUAAUCACACUCUUAAGAAAUGGAUGAAAACGCAAAAGAACAAGAAAAAUGCAAAAGAAAAUAUUUGUAAUAGAAAGAAACACUCCUAUAAGAAGAAGAAGAACAAGGUGGCAAAGCAAAGACACCUUCAUAAAUAUGGACAGAAUCUACAAAGGGCUUCCCUGCAAUGAACCUGGCAAAUUACCGAUUAUAUGGAUUUACUAUAAGUUAUCCAGAGCCAAAUGUUUACUCUUAGAAACCAACAGUUCCCAAGGAGAAAGGAACAGUAGUCAACUGUUUUCUGCAAUAUAUGAAGUAGCUAAUAAUAACUUAAAAUAGGAAAAAAUAAUAUUAAAAAUGUUAUCUGUCUUGGAAGUAGAGGAAAGCCAUUUUUAAUGGGGAAAUUGAUGCCAAAUUAUCAAUUUUUUAAAAAUCAAGACUUAUUUUCUCUUGUGAUUUCACUCUUCCCCCAAGGCCAUUAACCAUUAAAAUGCUUUAAUACUUAACCUAGUUCCCCUGCAUAUCAUUAAUUUGUUUCUACACUUUACACCCAUUCCUUUCUUGUCAACUGAGGUUUAGCUGAUAUAACAAUCUGAUUUUUUGUGCUUUGGAGAGCAAGAACCAGUGAGUCCUUUAUUCAGUGCUCUAAGCACUGUAGGGCUAAUCUCGGCAUAAAAUUAGGACACCUGUAGGAACCUAAGAGCCAAUUAUUAGCAAAAAGACACUGAAAGCAGGCCUUGUAUUAUAAUGGAAAGUACCAAAGCAAGAGGUGUGGAGAGAAUGGGAGAGAAUUUGUUUUGGUUUUAACAUAAAACAUUAAGGGAAUCUCUGGAAUUUUUUGCUCGGAAGCCCAGAAUUCAAAUUUAUUUCUGCUACAUUUUUAGUUUUAAAAAAUAAUUUGAAAAACUUUAAAAACUGUAAAAAAAAUACAUAAUUUGUACAAAUAUUGCCAAUGAAUCUAUAGAGAGAUUGAACAGACUCAAUUCUGAUUGUGUUAAGAUUUAUUCAUGAGUAUUUGGGGGGCAGAAUUUAAUUCUAGAUAUUGGAAUUAGUCUUCAUAGAUAAGCCUCCCAUUUACAAAUCUACAGCCUCUUUGUUUCAUUUUAAACCACUGAGUGAGCAUAUAAGGCUUAAAAAGUGCUUCUUUCACAAUAAAUAAAAGUGGUGUAAAUACUAUCUUUUUUUUUAUAAAUGAAAAAGUUGAAAUUUAGAAAACUGCGUAGCCUAGCCCACACUCACAGGAGCUCAAAACCCAGACACUCCCAGCAUCGCCCUAUAUUCACCACACGUCUAUCAUUUUAGCAUGUAAAUAGAGUUAAUAAUAGAACACUAUCUUGAAGCAUUCCUUUCUGCUCUACUACUACAUCAGUCAUCAAUUUUUUUUUCAGAUUGAUUUUUUCUGCUUCUCGUUACUUCAUCUCUCUGAUUUAUUAAGCAACACAUGUUAUCAAUAUUAUCUUCCUAAAAUAGUCUGGUCAUGUUACUCACCUACCCCAACACCCUGAAGCAACUUUUUAAUCCACCUCUCAGAUAGCAUAUAAACUUUUGAGUCUGUUAUUAAGACUCAUCUCUCUCCCACCCACUUUUCCAGGUUUAUUUUGUAUUAUUUCUCUCCAUAUUGUUUUAUGUUCUAACCAAAUUAGCCUCCUACCUAUUUGCCAAACUCAACAGUCUCUUUAGCACCACCCCAUAGCCAUAACACAUUCCUUCCUCAUGACUUGUCUUUCCUCAUCUCUUUUCAAAGAGGUCGAGGUAUUCUUGUCUGUGAAACCUUCCCUCUUACAACCAAUUAUUAUUAGUAUUUACUUAUCCGUGUUCACAUUAUUUCCCUUCAAUAGAUAGUAAGCUUCUCAAGAAUAAAAACUGUUUUGUUUUUCUUAAGUGCUUGUCAGCAUAUGAAACACAUGUUUCUUGCUUUGAAUAUUCAUAAAAUAAAAUAAAAAGUUGAUACCAUUG